UUUUAUUCUUAGGCUACAGCUUAAAAUGAUGCCCUUAGAGCACAAAUGUAGGUUAUCUAUCAUGAAUGAUACUAAUGAUUUUUGAGUGCAUAUUAAUUUAGUAACUGGAACAUGCAAAGUCUUCCCACAGCUGAAUUUUUUUUUAGACUCUACAUAUGUUUAUGUAUGUUUGAAAUAUCUACCGCACCCAUUUCUCAUAAGCGAGGGGAAUCCAGCAAACCAUAUAGACCAAGUCUGAAUGGAAACCGCUGCUCCCUUAGUUUCAAUAUACUGUGAUGUGUCACAUAUAAAUGCAUCGGCCAUUCUCUGGCCAGACUGUCAACUGACAAGUUCAAGAGUAAGUCAAAGUCGCACCCAUUUCUUUCUUCACUUCCUCUACUGUCUUCCUAUUCUUUUAUUAUGGUUAUUUUGUAAGAACAGACAUAAGUUGUGUUGGUUUGCAUAACGGAGCAUCAUUUCCGAUCGAAUGGACUUCCUCAAACAUCUCAUGCUGAUCUUCUGCACUGCAGCAGUGCCCCCAGACGACCUGCACUCUCUUUUCAUCUAAAAAAAACUUUUAUAUCCUUGAAAGGAUGGAGAAGAAUGGAGGAAAACCGCUUCAGCAGCAUUACGGGCUGGUUUCGUCAGCACUUUGGAAAACAAAGAAAUGAUUUGGACCAAGUCAAACCAGGUAAAUGUUCUCAGACAUGCUCCUCCGGACAUGCUCCCUCCUCCUCGUCCUCCUCGUCUUCCUCUGUGAUAUCCUCCAUCUCAGCCAAGCCUUCGGCCUCAGAUCAGCCUCUGCCCUCCGUGCUCUCCUCCCCCUUCCGCUCCUCUCUCAGAUUUGACGUUUUCGUGUGUCACAAUGAUGAGGACAGUGAUCUAGCACAGAGUCUGGCCUCUUUCCUAGAAGCCCCGUCUAACGGCCUUCGCUGUUACCUGCAGGAGCGGGACUGUCCCGCAGGAGGCGCUGUGUCCACUGAGCUCCUGCAGGCGGUGCAGGACAGUCACUGCUGGCUGUUACUCGUCACACCAAACUUUGUGAAGGAUGACUGGUGCUCCUAUCAGAUGCAUCAGGUCCUGUCUGAAGGGCCCAUGUCCCAGAGGAUCAUCCCGGCUGUAGUAAACAUGCCCAGAUCACAGCUCCCACCCGAACUGCGCUUCCUUUUUACUGUGGAUUUGAACACAAACAAAGAGUUUGGCUACACUCUUGUUUACAAGGCGGUACUUCAUUAUUUGAAGGACAUGUCUGAGAAGGAAAAGCCCAGCAGUGCGUCUCAUUCUGAUGGCUGAGAACAGACCAACAUUCAUUGUAUUGACCGCAAUGACAAGAUUCUUCACUUCAAAGAAGUGACAUCCAAGCAGCCAAGCUGUAUCGAAACUCCAAAUGCACAGUCUCUCCGUCUAAUGUCUCAGAGUUCUCAAAAUUCAAAUUAAAGAUGAAUAAUGUCAAAAUUGGUUCAUCUAACCGUCAAAGGGAUAGUUCACCCAGAAAUUUAAAUUCUGUCAUCGAUUACACACUCUCAGGAUUUUCCAAACCUGUAUGAGUAGUGCCUUAUACAUGCAUAUAUAUAUAUAUAUAUAUAUAUAUAUACAAACACACACUACCAUUUAAAUGUUUGGUGACAGAAAGAUUUUUUAAAAUGUUUUUCAAAGACUUCUGCUAACCAAGUCUGCAUUAAUUGCCAGAAAAUACAGUAAAAUUUGCAAUAUUGUGAAAUAUUAUUACAAUUUAAAAUAACUGUUUUCUGUUGUAUUCUAUUUUAAAAUGUAAUGUAUUCUUGUGACGCAAAGCUGAAUUUUCAGCAU